GUCGCAGCACCAAGAACACAACGGACGUGGCUGUAAGUUUCACGACGGUUUUCCCAUCCGCACCGGGGUUGGUUUGGUUUUUUUCUUUCCGCACGAUCGCACCUCGUUGAGGCACGUAGCUACCUCCCGAAAAUCUUUCGCGCGAACGCCGCGUUUAUCGCAGAGCGUGGCGACACUGCCCGCGGGGAAAUUUUUUUCUUUUACGGCAGUCCCGAAUGGUGUGUUGGCAACGCGGUACGAGGUAGAUUUUUGAGGAGGGGUAAAGGGAGAUAUGUAUGUGUGUGUGUGUGUGUGUGUGUGUGUGCGCGCGCGCGAGGGGGGUGGCAGGCCGCCAUCUUGUCGAAUCAAUAAACAAGGCAAAGACGGCGAGCGCGCCGGGUUACCGGCUCAGAGAGAGAGAGAGAGAGAGAGAGAACGUGUGCGCGUGCGCGUGUGAGUGUAGGUGUGUGCGUGUGUGUGUGUGUGUGUGUGUGUGUGUGCGCGCGCGCGCGAGAGGUCGAGAUCUUGUUCGUUCCUGCCCGGGGCUCCCGAAGCGAAAGGUGUGUCGCGCGCGUAUCCUAUUUCCCCCCCUUCUCACCCCUCGAAAAAAAAAACAACCGUAAAAAACAAACAAAAAAAUAACAACCCUGCUGCCGUGGAGGCGACAUCGCCGCGCGACGUAAACGGUGCCCGUGCUCGGCGUUAAUUUUUAUCAUAAUUUAUAUUUUUGUUAUAUAUAUUUUUUUUUCUCUUCCCUCCACGGUUGGCACCACUGUCUGCGGGAGGUUCGGCUCGCGAGCACCGCCGGGGCUGGAAAACCGCGUGAAGUACUUCGAUUCCCGGGUGAAACUAAACCGAUUUUUUUUUUUUUUCGCGUGUGUAGUGUUCUCGGUAGUAACUAUUAUUUUUUUCCCUUCCUUCCUCUCUUCCUCUGUCUCUACGGUGCUACGUGCGUGACCUUUCUGGUUCGGAUUUUAAAAAAAUAAAAAAAGAAAGAAAAUACUGUUCGAUGGCGCGGGACAUUUUUUUUGUAGUGUAAUAAGUGUUCGGGUUGUCAUCGUCGCGAAAGGGAGGGAGGUCCGUAAUGUGGCGUCGUCGAUCUGUGCCGCGGCUAUCGGACGGUGUGCCUUCAGCGUGAAAUAUAUAUAUAUAAAAAUAUAUAUAUAUACGUCAACCCUUUGGAGCGAGUGGUUGUGACAUGGCAGCGACAUGGCGAGCGGGUACCUUCUGGGUGCUCCUGGCGACGCUAGUGGUAUCCACCACGCUGGGACAGGACGAAGACAUUCCACACAACGAAGUGAAGAAUUGGGCCCUGAAGUUCGGAGUGGACUUAUGGGAGUUCGGGAAACAGUUUACGAAAAUGAGUGAAAUUCAAAAGAAGUUCCACGAGCUGGAGGUGCGGCGCAAGGACGGACUGUUGCUGGCGCGCGAGCUGGCCAGCGAGGUCAAGAACAUGAUGGACAUCAAGAUGAACGCGGUGCUGAGGACGAUGGAGUCGGCCGAGCAGGCGGCGCUGUCGCACAAGUUCGACGCCGGCCUGUCCGUGUCGUACUACAACGCGCGGCGCGUGAACGAGUUCGGGCCCGACGGCCGGCUGGCGGACGGCUCCAAGCAGCUCGCGCUCACGCUCAACCGCCACUUCGACCAGCUGCCCGUCAACACCAGCCUCAGCUCCGUCCUGCUGCCCGCCGGCAUCUCCGACUCGGAUCCCGCCGUGAAGAACGCGAUAAAGUGGUCGAAGCUGCUGGACCCUCUGUUCGUGAAUAACUACGAGAUGGACCCGUCGCUGUCGUGGCAGUACUUCGGCAGCUCCACGGGGUUCCUGCGCAGGUACCCCGGGAUCGCGUGGCCGCCGGACGCGGCGACGGCGGCUGCUGCGGCUGCCCGCGGGCGCGGGGGAGGUCCGGCCGACUUCAGGUCGAGCGCGUGGUUCGUGUCGGCGGCCGCCAGCCCCAAGGACGUGCUGCUGCUGCUAGACUGCUCGGGCUCCAUGACGGGCCAGCGCCGCGAGGUGGCCAAGGCAGUGGCCGCAGCCGCGCUGGACACCUUCACCGACGACGACUUCGUCAACGUGCUGCGCUUCAGCGACUCCACGGAGGAGCUGGUGCCGUGCUUCGGCAGGGACCAGCUGGUGCAGGCAAGCAUGGAGAACGUCAGGGAAUUGAAGAACGCGUUAGACAGCACCAGAUCGGAGAACAUAGCUAAUUUCUCGUCGGCCCUCAUCACUGCUUUUGAAAUACUGCAUAAGUACAACCGGACGGGCCAAGGCAGCCAGUGCAACCAGGCCAUCAUGCUGAUCACGGACGGCCCGCCCUACGACUACCGCGACAUCUACAAGCAGUACAACUGGCCGCACAUGCCCGUGCGGGUGUUCACGUACCUCGUGGGCCGCGACGCGGGCAACGCGGCCGAGAUGAACUGGAUGGCGUGCAAGAACAAAGGAUACUACACGAGGGUGAACACCGUCUCGGAAGCCAAGGACAAAGUGCUCAAGUACAUCUACGUGAUGGCUCGGCCGAUGGUCAUGUACCAAGCUGACCACCCCAUCCAGUUCACUCCUGUCUACACGGGCGGGAAGGAAAACAGCAUCCAGACUGAGUACAAUCAGGAAGGACAGCUCAUGACUUCGAUUUCCACGCCCAUCUUUGACAAGAGGAACUAUACUGAAAGGGUAGCCAAUCUCCUGGGUGUUGUCGGUACAGAUGUUCCUGUUCAGCAGAUAAAGAAGUUGGUGCCACCGUACAAGCUGGGAGUAAAUGGCUACUCAUUCAUAAUAAACAACAACGGGCAUGUACUCUACCAUCCGGACCUCCGACCACUGUUCCAGGAGACGCUGAAGCCGGAUUACAACGGCGUCGACCUCAUGGAGGUGGAGCUGGUGGACUCGGACGGAGGUCCCAGGGAGAACAACACCGCGCUCCUCGACCUGAGGCAUGACAUGAUUGACCAGAAAGAAGGUGAAACUGAAAUGAGUGUCAAAGUCCACUACAAUGACAUGAGACGUGUGACCACUCGCAGGUACAAGUACUUCUACAACCCAAUAGAAGGCACGCCUUUCUCGCUGGGGCUGGCCAUUCCAGAAGGCUACGGGAUGUACGAAGUGUUAGCUCAGUUGGAGAUAAAGCACAGCCCCAUUAAUGUCACUGAAUAUUUCAAAGGAAACAACUGGAAAGUUCAUCCAGACUGGGUGUACUGCGAGUACAGCUACGCCUCGGAGCACAGGUUCAAGUCUCCGGAGGAGCAGGUGUUCCACUUCCUGGUGAAGACUUGCAACCCCGGCUGGAAGUGGAUGUCGCUGCGGCCGCGCUUCCCGCUCAAGAAGAAGACGGAGAAGGACUCGUACUACUGCGACAAGACGCUGCUGCAGUCCCUGGUGUUCGACGCGCAGGCCACGGACGGCCUCGGCAGCCACGGCGUGCCUCCCCCCCUCGUGAUGAAGGAGGACAAAAAACAAGGCUAUCAGAUGUUUGGCGUGACUUUGUCGUUCAUUGCGACGCGUAGUGGUUUGCUGAGGUGGCAGGACCAUGUCCCCCCCACCACUUCCCAGGACGGCAGCGGCUACGCAACACCGCACUUCAGCCAGCAGAACCGGCGGGCGACGGACGAGCCGUGGUACCGGCGGGCCGUCGACCACUACGCCGUCGAGCCCGACAGCUUCGUGUUCUCGGUGCCGUUCGACGCGGGCGCGCUACCGGGGACGCUCGUCACGGCCGCCCACGCCGUGUUCGUGGAGCACGCGGGCCACCGCGCGCCCGCCGCCGUGGUCGGCCUGCAGUUCCAGCACGCCACGCUCGCCGCCUACUUCCAGAACAUCACCUCCUCGUGCACGGGGUGCAAGAAGACGUGCGCCUCGGAGGACCUGGACUGCUACGUGCUCGACAACAACGGCUUCAUAAUCCUGUCGGAGAACGCGGACCACACGGGCCGCUUCUUCGGCCAGGUGGACGGCACCAUCAUGGACUCGCUGGUGCAGGACCGCAUCUACAAGAAGGUGGCGGUGUACGACUACCAGGGCGCCUGCUCCGACACCAAGUCGCGGUACAGCGACGCCGCCGCCGGCCUCGACCCAAGCCAGCCGGUCAGAUGGUUCCUCGAGUGGCUGAUGGGACACUUUACGUGGCUGGCCGUACAGACGAACCUUCUCCAGCUGUGGCAGCCCUGCUGGGCUUCAGCCAGCGACGACGGCCCCGUGUACCCGGACGACUACGACUCGGGGAGCUUCGACCAGUACCCGACGAGGGAGGACGCCGGCGGGGGCGACGGGGCCCCGCCGUCACCGACCGACGAGGCGUCGGGGCCGGGGGAGGAGGCGGCGCGGCCGUGGCCGUCCCCCUCGCACCCGGGCCCGGGGGGCGGGCCUCCGCCACCGCCGGCCAAUCGCAGCCGCCCUCGGCCGUGCGACAGGCGCGUCGACCUCUACAUCCUGCAGCCCGAGCGGCUCAACACCAGCGGCCAGUCCAACCCGCUCAAGGGCAAGCUCACCAACUGCCACAUGUCUGGCUGCGAGAGGCCGUUCAGCGUGCAGAAGAUCCCGCGCAGCAACCUCAUCCUGCUGGUGGUGGACACGCUGUGCCCCUGCGGCAGCAAGCAGCUGAGCAUCCUGCCCCAGGAGGUGGGCCAUGAGGGUGGGGGCGGCGCGGUGGGGGGGCAGUGCCGCACCCGGCCGCGCGAGGCACUCUACCGCCGCCGCCCGCCCAAGUGCAUGAACUACCACCCGGAGGAAAGCGAGAUAAAGGAGUGUGGCGGCGGUGGCUCGCUCCUGCCUUCUCGACACGGCCUUGUGCCGUGCCUGGCUGCGUGGGUACUCAGGCUGGUGUUAUUCUCUUCGUCUUCGUGAUCGCCCGGUCGACACGCUAUCGUAAUGGAAUUUGUUACGUUUGUCGGCCCCCUUUUCCCCUCCAAUACCCCCUCCUCCAUCCCAAUCCUUCUCCUCCCGUAUGACCGCCAAACUCAAAACACGUAAUGUGAAUUGCACAAAAGGGGAAAAUGAAGUGGUGUUUGCCGCCGCAUAUUCCAUCACCUGUUAAGAACCCCCCACAUUGAUUGGUUGGAAGGACUGCAGCCAUACCCUGAACGGAAACAUUUGUCGUCUCUCAGUGUGUGGUGAUAUUCUUCACUGUCCUGCAGCAAUAUAUCACGUGGCUUUCCGACGUUAAACUUUCUAUGUUUGUAAUUAUUUAACAUUAGCAAAUUUGUAUCCAUUAAAACAAUGCUUACGCAGGAUGGGGAUCAAUUUAAAUUGUUUAUCUUUACAUGUUCUAUAAUAUUUUAGGACAGUUAAAAAAAAAUCUUGAUCACAAAGCAUAAAGUGCUAAAUUAUUUCUUAGUUGUCUAAUUUUGGCUGCAAUUCUGAAGUAUUUUACUGUGGCGAUUUUCUUGUAAAUACAGAGUAGAAAAAUUAUUAGGUACAUAUCAUAUUACUUUUGUUUUACUUUAACUUGUACACUAUUUCAAAACUUGUAUAUUUAUUUUUGUUUCCAACUUUUCUCACCGUUGAUGUGUAUAGAUGUUGUAACCCUCAAAAUUUAAAUAAUCUCAUUAAGCUCUCACAAAAUUCUAAACUCUGGAAAAUUAUUUUGUUAGUGUUUAAACAUCCUUGAAGCUUUAAAAUUAUUUUUUUGUGCAUCUUUACUUACACAUAUCAAUUUUAAAACAUUUUUUUGCAAUGAAACAUCUUAUUGUAAGACAGAACAGUUUUAUGAUAAGGUUAUACAUACUCAUGCAAACAAAAUUAUACAUAUCUUUUUUAAUAAAUCUAUGAGAGAUAUAUUUAUAAAAUCAUAUGUUUUAAAUGUAAGUGCACAGCCAUGACAUAUAAAUGUUCUGACUGCUAUUUUACUCAAGCAAUUGUUUUUGAAAAAAAUAUAUAUAUUUUUUUCCUUAUUGGGCUGAUACACGUUCCUGAUAUAAAUAAAAUUUAAUAUAAUUAUAUUAAUCUUAUUGAAUCAUUGUUUGCAAUUAGCAAACCAGAAUUGGUAUUUGGUAUUCCUUUCAACCUGCUCAUACCAUUCAGAAGUAUUUAAUUACUUGAGUAAUUGGACAAAUUUGGCUUUACCACACUAUCACAAUGUCGGCAUGGUAGUUCUGUGGUUUUUAGUUAGUGAGCAUUACAGUUAAUGCAUUUGAAUCAUAAAAAUUGUAAUCUAUUUUAGUUAGUGAAAUAGCAGACUGCUUGCACAACUGCGCAAUACAUAAAGUUUAAGAGACAAUAAAGAAUAUUUAAAAAAUAUAUAUAUAUAUAUAUAUUUUUUUUCUAAAACGUUAUUGUGUAAGAAUAAAACUUUGUAGGCAGUCCCGGAUACAGGAAUUUAUUUGGUGGAAUGAUUGAGGGAGAUUUGAACAAACAAAUAGAACAAAAAAAAUUUAAAUUUUGAACAAGUGCGUAAAAAAAAAAAACUUGCAUUUGUAUGACCACAAACAACAGACACAUGGACCUACAGUAGUGGCCAUAAGCUACGCGGCUUCUCACUCAGUUGAAAUUGCGGUAUCAUAACCGCUCACAUCACAAAGUAUGAUACUUCAGUGAUAUUUUGCAAAAAAUUUCCAACUAUUCACGGACUUAAGAUGCACCCGCUCCCCCCCACCUUUUUUUUUUUUAAAUUUUGUGAAUGUACUUGUGACUUUACCUUCGGUCAGCUAAUGUUUAAAGACACAGAGUUAGUAUUUGGGAUGGGUAUCUACUGUAAAGAUGCAAUUUUAUUGCAUUUUUAAAUAAAGAUAUUGAUCCAGACACAAAAAAUGUAUUAUUCAAGUGUUUGAGUUAUACAACGGGUAAAACUUCAACAAGAAAGCAUACAAUAAACAAAGAUUUUGUUUUAGUAAUUUAAAAGUUAAACAUAAAUUAUAUAUAUAUAUAUAUAUUAAGAAUAGUUUCUGUUUUGUCAAGGAAAAUGGAACCCUACAAUCAUUGCUUUGUACAUAUAAACCAUUAAAGAAAACUGUUUAGCUUUAUUGUUUUGGGCAAUUUAAUUUAAUUUAAUUUUCAAAGGAAGUCUUUCCUUCUUUACACAAAUCACAAAUAAAUAAAUAAAUAUCCAUAGUUGAGCAAUAUUCAAGGCUCUAAGUAGGGAUUGUAGACAUCAUAUUAAAGAAUGUUAGUUAAAAGACAUACCUAAUGUGAAAGAGUAGGUUGAAAUGUGUGUUUAACAGAUUCAGUGGAUUUUUUUUUUCUUUUUUUAACUUUGAAAAUAUUACUGCCCUAAAAAUGUCUCUGUGACAGGAUUUUUGUAACUAUCUCAAGUAUCAGCCCACUCAUUGUUACAUAAUUCCAUUUGGGUACCUUGGUUAUUUUGAGGUAUUUAGUUACGUAUUAAAAGAAUGUGGUAAAAAACUUAAGUUUUGUGCUAGCAGAAAUUGUCUCGUCAGCUGCAGUGCAGUCAGCACAAUGCUAUGUUUUACGUGUGCACAAGGGAUUGAACCUCACGUAUGUACCCGAAAAGUUAGCAAAAGAAUAACACAAUACGGAAUGAUAGAUAGGCAAAUAAAAAAACGUUACUUAGGUUCUUGUAAAGUGUGUGUGAAACGCAACAUUUUAAUUUGCUACUCACGGUAUACCAGAAAUAUACAUGGUUUUUGUUAGUUUUCAUAAAUUUAAUGCCAAUAAAUUUACAGGCAAAUUGAGAAAUUUAUAUCAGCAGAAGCUACUAAUGCUUUUGAAUCUGUACAUAGAUUUAGGAGAAAAUUUUAUUACUCGUGAUGUAUUGAUUUCAUGUAAAAUAUUUAUUAGAGUUUUAAAAGUGUUACAUUGUUUUAUAGUGAUAUACAUAGAAUGUAAAUAUUUUGAAUGUAAUAUUAGUAAAUGUUAUAUUACUUUUCAUAACAUGUAGUAAACAGUUAUUUGUUUCUUGGUUUUGUAAAGUUACAUAUUUAAGAAGUUUAAAAAGUUUAUCCACGUAUACAUCUUUCAAAAAUUAAAUAAUCUGCUGUUGUUGGAAUUGUUAUGUUAUAGUAUUGUAGCACUGUAAGUAAAAAUGAAGUUUCAGGGUUUCAGUGGCACAUAAUUCAUAUUGUCCUACCUAAAAUAAAAUAACUUAAAAUAAGAAGAGGUGAAUCAUAUUUUGUUACUUAUCUCUUUAACCGUCUGUCAUCACGUUAAGAUUUUUGUGCCAAUUGAGGUGGACAAAAUUUAUGGUCGUAUGUGGAAAUAUUAUCAUCUGAAAUUUUUGUUUGUAGUGUACGCGCUAAGGGUUCACACACUUCCUGUAUAAAAAUUUCCUGCCUGAGUUCUUCCUGUUUUCAUGUCUAACCAAACAUUAGGUAGUUCCCUGUCUCUUCGAUCAAUCUUGUACGAUACACAUAUUAAUAUUGAACUACAAAUACUUAUUGAAACCCACUUUAACCACACAUAAAAUAUCAAAAUUACCAUAAAGCCAAACUUGCACAAUACACAGUUUGCACUAUCAUUUCCUUCACUGCUACGCAACAAUCGUUGGCAGCCUAAUAUAAAAUCUCUUUAUUUGAUCAAACUUUGAAACAGUAUAUUAUUGAUUAUGAAUGACUAUUAACAUUUGAUGAUGCUUCUGUUCUUUAAAACAAAACACAUUUAAUUUAUAGAGUUAACAACUGUAUUAAAACUUAUUAAUCCAGAUUGGUAACUGACAUUUGGUCGAUUUCUCCGUUUUUUCCAGGUUUUCAAUUCCCUGAGCUUUCCCUGUUGUUUCCCAGAUUUUCCAUACCUGCAGAAACCCUGGUGCUGAAGUACAGUUUAAUUUGGAAUUUCUUUGAGGUAGCAUUAAACAGUUUUCAAAGAUAAACUUCAGUCCUGAUAAAAGUCAUCUAGUAAAGAGUUCAUGAUUUUUUAUUAGUCAGGAAUGGGAGUCAUUCUGUUCAGUUAAUUCUUGCAGUUGAGCAUAUGGACAUAAAAGUCUAUCUCUGUCUCAAGUUAAGUAAGUUGGCGGCAAGGAAUGCAACUGAUGCUCCUUUACAUACUCUUGUCAGUGGGGAGUUGAAGGAAUAAAUUCGAAGGUGAAACCAAAAUACAAUUUUGUCGAUUUGGAGAGUGGGGGGGGGGGGGGGGGGGACAUAACCAGUUGUGGCUAAUAUUAACAUCAAUAAAGCCAUGUUACACAUUUAUAUAAAAUCAAUAGUCUCACUGUCCAUUUUAGAUCACCUUUUCCAGCCCAUUACGUAGUGCCAUUUUUUACUCAGCUCAGAAUAAAACCGAAUUUUGUAGCGUUUAGGUUGACAUGGUCGGAGUAAAAUUAAACAUUUAUUUCCAAUUGUAAAAAAUAUAUUUAUCAAAAAAUAUUUUAAAUGCAUAGCAUUUUUCAGAUAUAGAUUUAGGCCUUCUCUUCCCUUCUUUCCCCUCCCUUCUCACAACCGCCCUUUCCUGCCCGAUCGCAUCCCUGAUUGUGAUUUUAUGGUAUUUUGGUAUUUUCCUCGAUCUUUCAGCUUAAUUUGUGUCAUGCCUAAAUUAGUUGAUUUAUUGCUAGAAAUAAUAUCUUUUGUUAGUGUUUUUUUUUUUUUUAAUUGAAUAACAAAAUUUCAUAAAAUUGUUGAUAUCUCCCAAAAAAUUAACAUUUUUACCAUCUUAAGUUUUUUAGUAUUUAUUUUAAUGCUAGCUGCUUGCAUAGGAAGAUUGAUUUAGCUAUUUUAAAACAGGCAUGAAAAAAACAGUGAAUUCUUCCUCGCAAGUGCAUGCUGUGUAACAUGUUCCUAUUUAUCAGGAGUGCAUAAUAUUUCCAACAUACACUACAUUUAUAUUUAUUUUAUGAUAGUAAUUUUCUUGAACUUUGAUGUGCUCUAAUUACAGGCCAUACUAGUGAGGAGACAUUGCCAAAAAAAAAAAAAUAGUCUGUAGAGCGAUCAUAAAUUGUAAUGACCACAGCUCUUAAUUUUGGGGACAGAUAAUGCGAAAGAAUAUAUUCCUUAUUUACAAUGCGCAUUAACAGAGGUGUCAACUUGGAUCCUAUCUAUGAGGGGGCCAAACUUUUAUUUCACAAAAGCAAUCCAACAAACAAGUGACACAAACACAGAACUUAUCAGAAAUAAGGCCAGAUUAUUUAAAUAACUUAGUUUUGAAAUGCUACAGCAACUGGAAAAAAACUGAAGAUUUUGGGACAACAGCUGUUGUUUUGAAGAUGAAUUAAAAAUCUAAUUUUUCAGUCCAGAGAUUGCAGCAAAGCGGAACGUGAAUCAUUAUUACAAGCACUUGCAUGACUUUUUAUCACUAUUAGAUAACAGUUAGUAAUUGGCUUUGGGAAAUUUGACACGUGAUUGAUGCUGAGUUAAGUAAGGCAGUGGUCAUUUUGAUUUGUGUGCCAUAUAUAUUUACAUCCUCUGAACUCAAAAUUAUUGUUUUGUUUACUUGCAUAUAACUUCAAAGUUGGUAAAUUUUGUGAAAAAUAAAUAAAAAACAUAUUGUUACCUUGAAAGCUGAAUUACUUAAUGCCCUUCAAAAAGUUGUAGGUAGUAUGCUUCCCACCAUGACAUAAAUAUGAUAGUAUUUCCACUGAAAUUUGAAAAAAACAUUUUGAAGAUUUAUGACGAAUGUGGUUUUAGUAUUUUGAUAGUCUGUUCAACAUGAACUAUGUACAGGUGCAAAAUUCAUGUUGUAAAAAAUGCCCACUAGUUUUAUCGGAAAAUUUUAAUGCUUCAAAUACAUAGAAACAAUUGUUACAGUAUUCUGUUGUUGCUCGUAGUUUUUUUUUAUGUUAAAUCAUAAAGAAUUUAAUAGUUAGUAGUAUGUACCAUAUCCUAAAAAAAUUGUGAAGACAAUAAUGGUUUAUGUCUCAAGACUGGUACGGCAAUUCAUCACACUAUCUUUGAGAGAGAGAGAGAGAGAGAGAAAGAGAGAGAGAGAGAGAGAGAGAGAGAGAGACAUGGACAAUCUCGUUUACACGACUGAAACACAAAUUUACAGAGAUACUUUGUCUCUACAACUAUUGUAAUUUUUUUUUUAUGAUGCUCUCAGUGUGGUUUAAAAGUGUGGCAAAUAUGACUGUUUAAGAUUGGAAGAAGAAUGCAAUUAUAAAAUAUACUGUAUAAUGGUGUGUAUGUGUGCGUAUCAUUCUAGAUUUUACUACACUUUUUGGAAUGAGCUUUGAGAGAUAGUUGAAGUGUGUUUUGAAAAAGUGUAUUAUCAUAACUGUUUUGGCAAUAUUUUCCUUACUCCCUAUAACUAACUCUAGAUAUAGCUCAAAAGCUGGCAAAACCAAACAGCGUAGAAUUUUUUUUCUUGAUCUCAUUUUGAUGUAAAUAUCUGGUAUUUACAUGUUUUUUGACAAAUGUAAAGAUCAUGGUGCAGUAAUUUUUUACACCAAAACUUCUGUGUUUGUCAUAGAUAGCAUAUUAUUAUGUACAUGAUGUAACUUGAGUGUGGAUGUGUCUAUAAUUUAUGUGGCUUUUUGGAAACCUUUAUGUUAAUGUGUACUCUACUUAAAUAUACUCUUAAUCUACUUGUUCAACAUGAGGGACUCAAGAGGAGAAGCAUUUACCUGCGUUGUCGUGCGAAUGCCUCGAAUCGUUAUCGCAAGUUUUCUGAAAGUAUUUUCAUUUCACUUUCGUCUUUGUGGGUAACUUUGAAAAAAAUAUAUAUAUUAUGUAUAAGACAUUGUUCUAGCACAAAAUGUGAUUUUAAUUGCAGUGGUUUUAAUGUGUGAACAUACAGACUUCUUCCAGUGGAACCAACCACGGUCUAUGAACUCGACAAUACAUAAUUAGCGUGUUUUAUAUAAACCACAAACUGAGUUGCCAGCUGCAAGAUGUGAUGAAAAUAAAAGUAAGUGUUUUGUGGGAAGAUGAUAACAAUUUUAAAAGGAUUUUUCCUCUUGCCAGAUAUGAGCACAGCCUAAACUCAAUAUGGUGGUUGGAUCAUCAUUUAAACAUAAAUGGUUUGUGCAGAUGUUCUUGUAAAUUGGUAUGAAAAGUUAAUGGUAAUGGCCAUGUUAUUUGGUUGCUCUUGUAUAGUGUGAAAUAACUAUACUUAACAUUUAGAACAUUUGUUUACAGUUUUUAUAACAAAAUUUACAUGUGUGUAUUUAACUUCAGCUAAGGUGCAUGUACAUUUUUGUUUUCGUACAGAAGUUUAAAAAGAAAAAUUAUGUGAAUGUUGAGGAACAUUAAAAAGAAAGAGCAGUCAAAUGAUGUGAGCAAGUGACAUUUCAAGAUUUGUAUUCGUGUUCGCAAGUUGUGUUUGCAUUGGUUCUAUUUGUUGGACAAGUUGACACAGAAACCAGAGUUACAAUGCCAUUUUAAAAGUGGUUGAAUUAUUGGUCUUUAAACUUUAAGGAGAACUUUUAUGAAUGAAAGUAUAACAUAUUCUUCUUUUUUUUCCUUGUUUGGGAUUGAGAAUAAAUUAUUUACAACCAGAAGUUUCUUAGAAAGUAAUACAUAGUUGACUGUUAGAAGAAAUCAUGACCUUUGUGUGUAUAAAUAUCCCCCCCCCCCCCCCUCAUUCAUAAAUAGAAUGCAGAAAUGGUUUCUGCGAUUUAAAAUACAGUAAAACUCCACUUUCUAAGCCCAAUUUUUUCCAUUGACAUACGAAUUUUUGGAGUUUUACACAAAUUUUCAUUGGAUCAUGGUAAUAUUAACACAUAGUGUAAAAUGUCUCACUGUAUACAAAAAUCUUGUUCUGGUCCCUUGAAAAUUUUUUUUUUAAUUGGAGUUUAGACUAAGGAACUUCAAAAAUUUCUAGACACGUGUUUUCAGGCUUUAAAUUUUAAAUUGGUGGUCUCGACGAGUAAAAAAAAUUAGUCGGCAGAAUGUUGAAAAAAAAAGGUGUUGAAAAGAGUAUAAAAGGUUGACUGUAUUGCUGAUGCCUUAAAACUGGAAAAUGUUUGGGUUUGCUUUCAAACCUGUGGGUAGUUUGCUAUUGGCAGCAAACAUUUUAAGUCUUCCAUUAAAAAAAAACACUAUUGUAAAAGAAACCAAGAAUCUUAGUGUUAAUAACGUAGUGGUCAGCAAUAGUGAGGAGAGGCGUAACGUAGUAGGCAGAUCGGACGGCAGAGAAAUGAUCAAAAAAAGUGAUUUAUUUUUUGGUAUUAUUAUAAAAAAUAUUUAAAUAAAAAGCUUUGUCAAUGCCAACUUUGUCUCUGCCAGAACUAACUACUAUAUAAAAGUUGGUAUUGUGUGUUAGAAAGAAAUCUUUCUUAUUUUUCACAUUUAUUUAUAUUUUUCUCUUAAAAGUGUAUGACAUUUACAUUAAUUAAAAAUGGAAAAAAAAAAAUAUUGCAAUGUUUUGCAUAAAGUAUUAGCAAUUGUUAGCUUGAGUGUAAUGUUACGACUUGUAUUGGCACUAGUGCUUGUGUGCAAGAGUAAAACUUUUCUGUAGUUGGAAAAAGUUGGCUACAGAAGUAACUAUAAAUUUUAUGUAAAAUAAAGAUACAUUGAAGAAUAAAGCUUACUACAUUAAA